UGCAUCUGUUCCGAAACUCGCUCUUUCAACCAGCUAUCCAUCGCCCGCCCGAUCGAGAUCGGCGACUACAAUGGCAACUCGGCGUCCUCACAAAGCAAACUCCCGUGACACCAACGUCAGGUCCCCCGAGAGCUCGAUGCCAGUGAUGGAAGAUCACUGGAGCGACGUUCCCACCUCGUACGCGCCUGCGCAGCAGGUCCCGACGCAAAACCUGCGAGAAAUCGAGUCGUAUUAUGCGCAGGGCCAGGCCACCACCCCAAGCAACCCUUACUAUGGAGGCAAUGCACCCCUGAGCAGUGGACCCGGCUCGCAGCCACAAGGCGGCUUUAGCCAGCCGUUCCCGAGUUCCGCGAACACCGCGAACAUCCACGUGAUCGACAAGGAACUACAGAAGCAAUUCCGCGGCCGCACCCAGCGCUCAGCGAACUCGAAGAUCCACUGGAUGGAGAACAAGAAGAGCCAGAUCAUGGGCUUGUGCUGGACACUCGGCUGCCUCGGCAUGACGCUGGCCUUCUACAACUACCGGUGGGCGGGGUUGAUUGCUGGGUCAAUCAACACAAUCGUGUGCGGCAUGGCAGUGGUGGUCACGUACAACCUCAAGCGCGAAUGGCAUCAGCACCCCAACCCGAUCGUGCACAUGCGCAGUUGCCUUAGCAUUUUCCUCGCCAUCUGCUUGUUGCUCAACAUCCUAGUCGACUACAACCCUGCCAACGACAAGUCCGCCAAGUCAUGUCAGAAACUGGCCGGGCUCACCGAGUUCUUUUUCUUCUCGUCUGAAGCCUGGGGUCUCAUGAUGGCAAUCGACUUGUAUUCGUCGCUAAAUGACCCGUUCAAGAGCUACAAGCGAUCGAUGAAGUUUUACCACUGCUUUGUGUGGACCACCAGUCUGCUCAUGGCUGUGAUUGCAUUCACGGUCGAAGAGACGAGCGGCGGCCCCGCCGGCGGCUUCUUCCACGUGGACGGCCGCCAGAUCAACGACAAUGACAACAAGCACAACGUGAUUGGAUUCUGCCUCGCAUCAUCUGGCAAGGUGGCCAAGAAUGGCGAAGUGCCCAAGAGCUUUUUGCGCAUCCAGCAAUGGCCUUGGAUCCUGCUCUACGGCUUUGUCAUUUUUGUGCUGCUCGUGUCCGUCACGGUCCUAAUCAUUGCCUGGCGUCGGCUGUAUGCGGGCGGUGUGCCCAAGACAUACAAUAUUCGUCUGGGAGUGCUCAACUACAUUUCGCUGUUCACGGGAGCGAUGGUGUUUUACUGGCUCUUCUUGCUCUUCAUGUACAUGUCGACGUACUUUGUCUCUGACAGCUACCAGACGGACCCGCUCAACGUGAUUCCCAUGAUGAUGCGGCAGUUCUUCAUGUUCCUCGUCGCGUCCAAGGGGUACCUCGAGUACAUCAUUUGGUUUGCCGUAAACAACACCAAGAAGAACAGCAAGACCACGGACGUGGACGUGGACCUGAGUCCCCAAGUGAACCUGGCGCUGCGCUCCGAGAUCUUGUACUACACCACGUCAGGCAUCAAGCAGUCGGUGCAGGAGGCGCGGACUAACGCGUCGUCGUCCGAGAUGUUUUUGCUCACCGAUGGCCAAGACGACAAGGGCAAAACAAUCAAGUUUUGGUCGUACGCCCCCACGGUGUUUCGCACGAUUCGAGAAAACUAUGGCAUUUCCGACAACAGAUACGUCGGUUUAUUUUCGGCCACGACUAAGGAACGCUUUAGCGAAGGCCGGAGCGGCGCGUUCAUGUUUUACAGCGCGGACGAAAGCAUCAUCGUCAAGACCAUGUCCAAGGAAGAGUGCGAGUUGCUCCGUCGGAUGGCGCCCAAGUACGCGGCGUACCUUGUGGGGCAUCCGCAGUCACUCAUGACCAAGUUCUACGGGUGUCACGCCGUGCAGUUGUACGGCAAGAUGUACUACUUUGUCGUGAUGGGCAACAUAUUUGCCAACACGCAAGUGAUCCACCAUCGGUACGACAUCAAGGGCAGCUGGGAGGACCGCAAUGCGCGGCUCCCCAAGGUCGGCAACAACGUCACGUGCCGGUACUGCAAUGCCCGGUACACGUUUGGCAGCACCAAGUCGCAAGAGUGCGGCGACGGACUGAACUUUCACGAGCCCAAUAUCGUGUUAAAGGACAACGACUUGCUCACGAAAGUGCGCAUCGAUCCACAUGCGUCCAAUCAGCUGUACGACCAGCUGUGCUUUGACAGCGACUUUCUGCAUGACCAAGGCAUUAUGGACUACAGCCUGCUCAUGGGUGUCCAGAGCUGCGAGUACUAUGUCGAACCAGGCAUCGUGGGCUUCAACCCAAACAUGCACCCCGGCUCAACCUUUGCGACGCAGACUGCGAUCAGCGUCAACGGUCCAGCGCUGUACCAGUUUGGCAUCAUCGACUUUUUGCAGCAGUGGACGCUCGAGAAGAAGCUCGAGCGGUUCUGGAAGCAACACGUCAAGCGCAAAGACCCCGACGGCAUCUCGGCCAUCCCGCCCAAGCAGUACAAGCUCCGAUUCCAGCAAAAGAUGUCUCAAGUGUUUGCCAUCUCCAAAGCCAACAACCCGUUCAUUGGCCAGCCGCCGAUCCUCCUCGAUGUGUUUGACCAGGGCCUGUCGUCGACGCGCAACAACCACAACUUUGUCCCGUACGAAAAAAAAAAUUGAUCUUUUUUUUUAAACACUGGUUUUGACGAUGGGGAUCAUGGUUUUUUUAAUGUUUAUUUUUUUUAAUGUUUAUUUUAUUUUUGUUGUGUUUGUAGCGAAAAUGGAAGCGUGCUCGGCGGCUACACGGAAGACAACUUGCGGCACACGAGCGCGGCCGUGCUAAGUGAGAACGAGCGAGACGCCACGCAUUUGAUUCCUCGAUGAGGAUAAUGUCAUGUUACAACGGGAAUGAGAUGAUAUAUAUAUAUAUACAUAUAUUAAUAGUUACACAGUGAGCCUUUAAAACAAACAUACGAGGGCCGAAACCGAUACUAUUAAUAAUAUUAAUACUAGUACAA